UUUUCACCCACAUUACUGAAUUCACGCUUUGGGAGUAGUAUACCUCUUAUUUCUGUAAUCCCAAUUUCAAAAUAUAGAUCAUAUUCUUCUUAUUUCGGUAGUAAAGGAGAUAAACCCCAAGAAAAGGAAGUUCAGGCUGCUACUGGUAUGAGUGAACCGGAUGUUAGUAAUAGUGGUGUUAUGCGUAGUGAUUGGUUGGAUAAGGUUAAGGAUGUUUGGCAGUCUGCAGUCGAUGCAGCGGCUUAUAGAGGGCAAAAGGCUAAAGAAACUUCUGAUGAACUGGCACCUUAUGUUGACCAGUUGCUGGAUUCACUUCCGUAUCUUAAAACUGUUGUCAUUCCAGUUGGGUGUACUUUGACUGCUACUAUAUUGGCUUGGGCGGUGAUGCCGAGGCUUUUGAGGAGAUUUCAUAAGUAUGCAACCCAAGGAUCAGCUGUAUUACUACUAGGAAGCUUACCUGAGGAGCAAGUUCCAUAUGAGAAAAGUUUUUGGAGUGCUUUGGAGGAUCCAGUGCGAUAUCUAAUCACCUUCAUAUCAUUUACUCAAAUAGGCACAAUGAUAGCACCAACCACAAUUGCAUCACAAUACAUUGGACCAGCUUGGAGGGGUGCACUUAUCCUGUCAUUUGUAUGGUUUCUACAUCGUUGGAAAACCAAUGUGUUUGCUCGUGCUUUGGCUGCUCAGUCUGUAGUGGGGCUUGAUCGAGAGAAGUUGCUAGCACUUGACAAACUUUCAUCUGUUGGUCUAUUUGUCCUUGGAUUGAUGGCAUUAGCAGAGGCAUGUGUAGCUGUUCAAUCUAUUUUGACUGUUGGUGGCAUAGGAGGAGUGGCUACUGCUUUUGCAUCCAGAGACAUUCUUGGGAAUGUGCUAAGUGGUUUGUCUAUGCAGUUCUCAAAGCCAUUCUCACUUGGAGAUACAAUAAAAGCUGGAUCCAUAGAAGGUCAAGUUGUAGAAAUGGGACUCACUACCACAUCAUUGCUGAAUGCUGAGAAAUUUCCUGUUAUAGUUCCAAAUUCGCUUUUUUCUAGUCAGGUAAUUGUGAAUAAAUCACGGGCACAAUGGCAUGCUAUGGCCACCAAAAUUCCUUUGCAAAGUGACAAUCUGGACAAGAUUCCCCAGAUAUCAGAUGAUAUAAAGAACAUGCUAAGAUCAAACUCAAAAAUUUUCUUGGGAAAGGAGGCCCCUUACUGUUUCCUGUCUAGAGUAGAAAGGUCAUAUGCUGAGCUGACUAUUGGAUGCAAUCUCAAACAUAUGAGCAAAGACGAGUUAUACUCUACAGAACAAGAUAUUCUUCUGCAGUCGGUCCGUAUAAUUAAGCAGCAUGGUUCUACAUUGGGUAGCACUUUGUCCAUGUAAAGUGCAACCAGUCAGUAUUAUGGCAGUUUCAUCUUGAUGAGUGGUGAAAAGUGGAUCAGGACCCAGUAAAGAUGGAUGCAAUCUUGCUUCAAAUUUUCAGGACUGGUGUUAUGGGCCUUGUUGAUUGACCAGGUGGCAAAAAGAAAGACCCCAUUUUAGAUAGUUUUUAUGGAGUGUUUAACUGAGCAAACGCCACUGAAGUGUUGUUUCCAAACUUUCUAAUAUGUGGGCAAUAAAAUAGGGCUUGAUGAUGUCAGUUUUAUGAUAUCCUACUAUGCAUAUAGUGGGUUUCUCCUAACCGUCUAGAUGCUUGUUAAAGCUGUAAGGGCUGAUAUUGAGCCCAAAGCAAAUUGCGGUUAACCUUUUACUUGCAUUUGUGAGUGGGUUUUGAGUGCUUUGGAGAACUCUUGAAUCGGUUGAACUUAGUAGACUUGUGAUUAUAAUGACCUA